AUGUAUGCAUUGACUAUUAGUGGAGAGGAGGACCAGUACCUGAGUGUUCCGCCUGACCCAGGCAUCCGCACGAGUGAGGCUGCCGCCCUAGGUGCUUGCGUGUCUGCUACCCCAGGUACUGGUGAGGCUACUGCUCUAGGUGCUUGUGUGUCCGCCACCCCAGGUACUACUGAGUCCACUGAGGCACUGCACACCUUCACUCUAGACUCAGGCGCUUCGCGCUGUUUCUUUCGUGACCGCACUGCUCUUGAGCCCCUUGCUCGACCAGUCGCCGUCUUGCUCGCUGACCCCUCUGGGGGUCCGGUCAUUGCGACCUCCUCCACCCUCCUUCCUUGUCCUGCUGUCCCGUCGGGCACACUGUCAGGUCUUCAUCUCCCCUCGUUCUCUACGAACUUGGUGGCGGGUUGUGCGCUUCAGGAUGGGGGUGUUCACCAGUUCACCCCUGCCUACGAGCGCGUGACACACUGCACGUGUGCUCGGACGGGCCGUCACCUGGCUACCUUCACUCGGCAGCCGGGGUCGGACCUGUACACACUGACCACUGAGUCCCCUCAGGUAGCGGCGUCUGCGUCUGCGUCUGCGUCAGGUCAGCUGUCUGCCCCCUGCUCGUGUCGCUCUCUAGCGCACAAGACUGUCCUCUGGCACCACCGACUUGGUCACCCGUCAGUGCAACGCCUUCGGGGCAUGCACGCCCGGUACCUUGUCUCUGGUCUUCCUCGGGUACUCCCUCCCCUCCCACCCUCCCUUGCUCCUCCUUGUCUUCCCUGUGUCGAGGGGCGGCAGCGCGCUGCCCCUCACUCCUCCUCGUUCCCCCCGACGACUGCUCCUUUGCAGACGCUCCACAUGGACGUGUGGGGCCCAGCCCGCGUCCGUGGUCAGGGCCAGGAGAGGUACUUCUUGAUCGUCGUUGACGACUACUCGCGCUACACCACGGUCUUCCCCUUGCGCAGCAAGGGUGAAGUCCUUGAUGUCCUGAUCCCUUGGAUCAGCAGAGCACGUCUUCAGCUGCGAGAGCGUUUUCGCUCGGAGUUUCCUGUCCUGCGCUUGCACUCUGACAGAGGUGGCAAGUUCUCCUCCGACCUCUUGGCAGCCUACUGUGCUGAGCACGGCAUUCGCCAGUCGUUCACGCUUCCGGCCUCUCCACAGCAGAAUGGGGUUGCUGAGCGCCGCAUUGGCUUGGUCAUGGAGGUCGCUCGUACCUCCUUAGUCCACGCGGCUGCCCCCCACUUUCUGUGGCCGUUUGCGGUCCGGUACGCUGCGCAUCAGCUCAACCUCUGGCCCCGUGUCUCCGCUCCGGAGACCUCGCCCACACUGCUGUGGACGGGGGAGGUUGGUGAUGCGUCACGCUUCCGUGUCUGGGGAUCCCGAGCUUUUGUUCGCGACACGUCUGCGGACAAGCUCUCCUCCCGCACUGCUCCCUGUGUCUUUCUUGGCUUUGCCCGGGAUGCGUCUGGCUGGCAGUUUUACCACCCCGCCUCGCACCGCGUCUUCCUCUCUCAGGACGUCACUUUUGACGAGUCUGUGCCCUUCUACCGCCUCUUCCCCUACCGCACUGCCCCGCUCCCUCCCCCGCCUCUCUUCCUCGCGCCAGGUGCUGUAGUGGUAGACCCCCUCCCCCCUCAGGGUGCCGCUCCCUCAGGUGUCUCUCAGGUAGACCCGGUUGAGCCUGCCGAGGUAGCUGUCGACUCGCGUCCUGCUAGAGGUGCUGAGCCUGAGCGUGCGGAGCCUGAGCGGUACUGA